AUGGCUAAAAGCUAGCGAGGAGUAUUGAGGACCACGAUGGCUCAGAUUUCCACAACCUUGAAUAGAGGUCCAAACGUUUGGGCCAUCACCUCUGAAGAAAGAACAAAGCAUGACAGGCAGUUUGAUAACCUGAAGCCAGUUGGAGGAUAUGUUACAGGUGAUCAAGCCCGUACGUUUUUUUUACAGUCAGGUCUGCCGCCACAAGUCUUGGCUGAAAUAUGGGCUCUUUCAGACCUGAACAAGGACGGGAAAAUGGAUCAACAGGAAUUCUCCAUUGCGAUGAAACUCAUCAAGCUAAGACUGCAGGGCCAGCCCCUGCCAGUGAUUCUCCCUCCUGUGAUGAAGCAGCCGCCGGUUUUCUCUCCCUUGAUGUCUGCUCGCUUUGGCAUGGGCAGCAUGCCAAAUCUGUCUAUUCCAGCGCCUCUGCCUGCAAUGACACCCCUCGCUCCCAUAUCUUUUCCUUCGGUGACAUCCAUCCCGCCCUUAGUUGUUUCUGCUCCCCUGAUGCCUUCCACCAGCACCGCCUCAUUGCCAAAUGGAAUAUCCAGCCUUCUUCAGCCGUUGCCCGUGUCAUACUCCUCAACUUUGCCUCAUUCUAGUUCGCACAGUCCCAUGAUGGGAGGAUUUGGUGUCGCCAAUAUCCAGAAAACGCAGUCCCUGAUAGAUUUAGCAUCUAGUAGUUCAAAUUCUUCUUCUACCACAUCACUAACUGGAAGUUCACCAAAGACUAAAUCCUCUGAUUGGGCAGUUCCUCAGGCUUCCAGAUUAAAAUACCGGCAGAAAUUUAAUAGCCUUGAUAAAGGAAUGAGUGGAUACUUGUCAGGUUUUCAAGCCAAAAAUGUCCUCCUGAAAUCAAAUCUUUCUCAGACCCAGUUAGCCACUAUUUGGUCACUCGCUGACGUUGAUGGGGACGGGCAGCUGAAGGCAGAAGAGUUCAUAUUAGCUAUGCAUUUGACUGACAUGGCCAGAGCUGGGCAGCCCCUUCCAUUAACUCUGCCUCCUGAGCUAGUGCCGCCUUCCUUCAAAAAUGGAAAGUAUGUUGAAAAUACAAAUGGUGCUCUGUCUGCAUACCAGAGAAUGCAAGAGGAAGAACCCCAAAAAACUUUCCCCGUUACCUUUGAGGAUAAAAGGAAAGCAAACUACGAACAGGGCAAUAUGGAACUGGAGAAGCGUCGCCAAGUGCUGUUAGAGCAACAGCAGCGAGAGGCAGAACGCAAAGCUCAGAAGGAACGAGAAGAAAAGGAGCGGCGAGAGAGAGAGCAGCAGGAGCAAGAGCGGAAGAAGCAGCUGGAGCUGGAAAGGCAGCGGGAGAGACAGUGGGAAAUGGAAAGGCAACGAGAGGAAGAGAGGAGGAAAGAAAUCGAAAGGCGGGAGGCAGCAAAGCAAGAACUUGAGCGCCAACGGCGCCUGGAAUGGGAAAGAAUUCGCCGUCAAGAUCUUCUUAAUCAGCGUAACCGAGAACAAGAAGAAAUUGUUAAGCUGACAUCUAAGAAGAAGAGCCUUAAUCUUGAACUGGAUGCACUGAACGGCAAACACCAGCAGAUCUCUGGGAGAUUGCAAGACAUUCGAAACAGAAAGCAAAUUCAAAAGAAUGAGCUAGAUCUGGUGGACAAGAAGUGUGACUUGGGACUGAUAGAAAUCAAACAGCUGCAGCAACAGCUUCAGGAAUAUCAGAACAAGCUGAUGCUCCUGGUUCCAGAAAAACAGCAGCUAAGUGAGAGGAUAAACCAUAUGCAACUGGACAACUCGCCUAAUGCAGAACUUAAUUCACUGCAAAAGAAGUCCUCAGAAAAGGAGGGAAUAUGCCAAAGACUUAGGGAACAGCUAGACGCACUUGAAAAAGAAACGGCUUCCAAGCUCUCUGAAAUGGACGCUUUUAAUGCUCAGCUCAAGGAUUUAAGGGAGACCUGCAACACCCAGCAGUUAGCCCUAGAGCAGCUGCACAGGAUCAAGCAAGAGAAAGUCAGAGAGCUAGAGAAAAAAAGAGCAGAGCUUGUGCAGAAAAAGAGAUUGGAGGAGGAAGCUUCACGGAAAGCAAAACGGGAAAAGGAGAAUUUGUGGCAGGAGAAUAUCCGGAGGGAGGAAGAAGAGAGAAGAAAGCGACUACAGGAAGAGCGGAUGCAGGAAAAAAUCCAAGAGGAAAAGCAGAAAGCCAUGGAGGCCGUCGCACAAGAGAAGGAGGCCCAGCAGCAAAAACUAGCGGAGGAGAAGCUUGGACAGGAAAAGAAAGCCAAGCAAGCAGAGAUGCUAAGAGAGGCUGAAUUGCAGAAGCAGCAAGAAGACGACAGAAGAAGGCAGGAGCAGAUUGCAAAAGAGGCUGAGGAGAGACGCAAACAGCUGGAGGAAGAGAAGCGAAGAAAAGAUGCAGCCCGCCUGCAAGAGCCAGAGAAACCCAUUUCCCAGCUCCACCUCAGUGAGAAAUUUGCAAACCUCCUGAAACAGACGGAAGGUCGAAACCUCAAGUCAACAUUGAAACAUGAAGGUCGUACUGUGAGUUCCUCUGAUUCUAGGAAAUCAGUUGCCUUUGUGAACUACAGAGCUCUAUAUCCCUUUGAAGCCAGGAAUCACGAUGAGAUGAGUUUCAACGCUGGAGACAUAAUUCAGGUUGAUGAGAAAACUGAGGGAGAGCCUGGCUGGUUAUAUGGGAGCUUCCAGGGGCAUCUUGGGUGGUUUCCUUGCAAUUAUGUAGAAAAAAUACCCGAAAAUGAAAAAGCGUUUCCAUCUCCAAAGAAAGCCUUACUUCCUCCGACAAUAUCGUUGCCAGCUGCCUCAGUUCCUGCAGAGCCCGUUUCGCCAAGUAAACCUGCAGACGAAUCGGAUUACCAAAAUAUAUCUGUCUCAAGCCUAAAUGUUAACACGUGGCAGAAGAAAUCUGCUUUUACUCGCACGGUAUCCCCAGGAUCUGUUUCUCCCAUCCGUGGACAGGGGCAAGUUGUCGAGAACUUGAGAGCCCAAGCCCUCUGCUCCUGGACGGCCAAAAAAGAGAACCACCUGAAUUUCUCCAAAAACGACAUCAUUACAAUAUUGGAGCAGCAAGAAAAUUGGUGGUUUGGAGAAGUGGGCGGAGGAAGAGGAUGGUUUCCCAAAUCCUAUGUCAAGAUCUUGCCGGGGAAUGAAUACCAAAAAGAAGAAUCAGAAGCGGUUUAUGCAGCUGUAAAUAAGAAGCUUGCCACACCAUCUUAUACACCGGGAGAGGAAUAUAUAGCACUGUAUCCUUACGCAAGUUCUGAACCUGGUGAUUUAACGUUCAUGGAAGGUGAAGAGAUAUUAGUUACUCAGAAAGACGGAGAAUGGUGGACCGGAAACGUUGGCGAAAGAACCGGCAUCUUUCCUUCAAACUAUGUCAAACCAAAGGAUUAUGAUAGUUCUGCUACUACGAGCAAAGCAGGAACAUUAAAUAAGAAACCUGAAAUCGCGCAGGUGACCACAGCCUAUACUGCAUCAGGAGCAGAACAGCUCAGUUUGGCCCCGGGACAGCUAAUCCUCAUUUUGAAGAAGAAUUCCAGUGGAUGGUGGCAGGGAGAGCUGCAGGCAAGAGGGAAAAAGAGGCAGAAAGGAUGGUUCCCUGCUACCCAUGUGAAACUUCUGGGUCCAAGCAACGAAAGGACCACCCCAGCUGCUAUCUCAAUUUUUCAGGUGAUAGCUAUGUAUGAUUACUUGGCAAACAAUGAAGACGAGCUCAGUUUCUCUAAGGGGCAGCUUAUUAACGUAUUGAACAAAGAUGAUGCAGAUUGGUGGCAAGGGGAGAUCAAUGGCGUGUCGGGCCUCUUUCCUUCCAAUUACGUGAAGAUGACCACAGACUCUGAUCCAAGUCAGCAAUGGUGCGCUGAUCUCCAGAGCCUUGACACAAUGCAGCCGAUGGAGCGGAAAAGGCAGGGUUAUAUCCAUGAGUUGAUUCAAACAGAAGAAAAGUACAUGGACGAUCUGCAGCUUGUGGUAGAGGUUUUCCAAAAACGAAUGGCUGAAGCAGGCUGUCUCUCAGAAGCAGAAAUGGGAUUGAUCUUUGUCAACUGGAAGGAGCUCAUUGUGUCCAAUACAAAGUUGCUAAAAGCGUUGCGUGUGCGUAAGAAGACGGGGGGAGAAAAGAUGCCCGUGCAGAUGAUUGGCGACAUCUUGGCUGCUGAACUCUCUCACAUGCAGGCCUACAUCCGGUUCUGCAGCUGCCAGCUGAACGGAGCAGCCCUCUUGCAGCAGAAAACGGAUGAGGAGUCAGACUUCAAGGAUUUUUUGAAGAAACUGGCUUCGGACCCUCGCUGCAAAGGAAUGCCCCUCUCCAGCUUCCUGUUGAAACCUAUGCAGAGAAUUACGCGUUACCCUCUUCUCAUAAAAAGCAUUUUGGAGAACACCCCAGAAACGCACCCAGAUUACAAUAAUCUGAAAUUGGCCCUUGAGCGUGCAGAGGAGCUAUGUUCCCAGGUUAAUGAGGGCGUGCGCGAAAAAGAAAAUUCAGACCGACUUGAGUGGAUACAAUCCCAUGUGCAGUGUGAAGGGCUUGCCGAGCAACUGAUUUUCAACUCUUUGACUAACUGCCUGGGCCCGCGAAAACUUUUGCACAGUGGCAAACUGUACAAAGCAAAGAGCAACAAGGAACUCCACGGCUUUCUCUUCAGCGACUUCCUGCUUCUCACUUACAUGGUCAAGCAGUUCGUCUCCACGGGGUCUGAUAAACUGUUCAGCCCCAAAUCGACUUCUCAGUUCAAAAUGUACAAAACGCCUAUUUUUCUUAACGAAGUCCUAGUGAAAUUGCCAACCGACCCGUCCAGUGAUGAGCCAGUUUUCCACAUCUCUCACAUCGACAGAGUGUACAUCCUAAAAACAGACAAUGUCAAUGAGAGAACUGCCUGGGUCCAGAAGAUUAAAGGAGCUUCGGAGCAUUACAUUGAAACGGAAAAGAAGAAACACGAGAAAGCUUACCAAGCUCGAUCACAGAAGAGUUCAGGAAUAGGCCGCUUGAUGGUGCAUGUGAUUGAAGCAACAGAACUGAAAGCAUGUAAACCUAACGGGAAAAGCAACCCAUAUUGUGAAAUCAGCCUGGGAUCUCAGAGCUAUACUACAAGGACACUUCUAGACACUUUGAAUCCCAAGUGGAACUUUAACUGUCAGUUCUUCAUCAAGGAUCUUUAUCAAGAUGUGUUAUGUAUCACCUUGUAUGACCGGGAUCAGUUCUCUCCCGAUGAUUUUUUAGGUCGCACUGAAGUUCCAGUAGCCAAAAUCAGGACAGAGCAGGAAAACAAGGGACCGACAACGAAACGUUUACUGCUGCAUGAGGUCCCAACAGGGGAAGUUUGGGUACGCUUUGAUCUGCAGUUGUUUGACCAGAAAACUCUUAUUUGAAAAAAACUACUAUUUUGUAAACAUAAAGGGACUAACAAAGGCAGGCAGAGCUUGUUCACAUUACAGUGGAAAAUGUUUUACAAACCAUUCUUCACCCCAGGCGGGUGUCUCAAGGAAGCUGCAGUUCUUGCUGCAACAUCGUCCCCUCUGUUUGUCCUCUGAUGUAAAUUAUAUCUUUACUGAUGUGCUUGUUGGUAAUCUAUGCAAUGUAAAAUGUACUGUGUAUAUAAGAUACUGUAGUACAGUGCCUUUAUUCAUGUUGAAACUUUGAAAUGUACAAGCCAAUCUUUCAAUUUUCAGGGCUCUUCAAAGUGUUAAUUAGGAAUCUGCCGUUUUUUAAAAAAAAGAUAUUUAAUGUGUUAGAUUAAUAUAUAGAGUGAGGAAUGGUUUAUUUGGGGGCAAGAAUCAUUCUGUCUCAAACCGAAAAAUAUAUAUUCAGUGCCCCAAUCUCAGGAUAUUAAUUACGGAGAAAAUAUGCUGAAGCCUUAGCACUUGAGGAAUCUUUAAAGAAUAUAUACUUUUAAAAACUGAGUUUGACUCUACUUGACUUAGUUCUGCAUUGAUAAGGAGAUUACAUUUGCUUUCUAAUUCAGGUCUGCUAAUCAUUUUCUGCUGAGACAAUGAGGUUAUAAAAAGGAAUAACUAGAAAUGCUGUUUUUAAUAUGGUAACCCUGUGGAUAUUUUUGGCUACUGUUUAAUAUGCGUUGUUUAUGUAAAAACUAUUUGGAUGGUUUUGCACAGAUCCCUACACAAUGUGCACCUUGAAGACUUGUCAUAGAAAAAGGCCCCAAGCUAGAGGAACUGGUUAUGUUUAAAUCCCAUUUGCUGCAGUGGGAUUUCAGUGUAGCGAAUCCCUGGAUUGCAGCCAAGAUGUGCAUAUUUUGAGUAAUGUAAGCUUGUUAAUAUAAUUUGUCUACAGCGAUAUACAGAAGCAUAUUGGUUUUCUAAAACAUAUUUUAUUGUACUGCUGAAUGUGAAAGAAUACAGAAACUAAAUUCAAGGGGAAAGUUAUCAAAAUGUAAAUUACACUUUUUUAUGGGAAUUGCUCAUAGGAUUUUAAGGAAUUAAAGUGGCAGCAAGCCAAAAUUUUUGUUUUAAAGCUACAAGUUCCACCAGGAACUCCUCUGUUGCAAAAGCCCUGCUGAAAGAGCUCCAGCAUAACUCGGACCCACUUCUGUGGGACUUGCAGAAGAAACAGUCCAGAGGAGCUGUGCUCAUUACUGGGGUGCUAAAAAGGGGUGGGGGGUCUUAGGCAUUUGGCAAACAUUAAACCAAGGAUGACUGCAACGGUCAGCAUCUUGUGUACCAUUACAAGCUGUAUGUAACUUCCAAUGGUGGCAGAAUAUAUCCUUUUGAGUUCUAAACAGAAUCGCAAAGCCAGUCCGGAUAUAAUGGCUUUCCUUGUUUUAAUGCUAAAUUAAAGAGUUUUCUGAAUGUAUGUUUUUCAGUGAAUCCGAACAACGUCCAAUAUUCUAUAAACCAUGUAUGUGACAACUACUGUUACUAGACUGAAAAAAACUAUUUCACA